AUGUACGUUUGGCUGUUAAUCAGCGUUUUUGAAACGCUUUCGGUUCUCUGCUCGAGAAGGAAUAUCACGACGUCUGCGGUAACCACCACCACAACCGCGAACAAUACAUCACUUAUUCACGAUAUCACUAAAGUUUUAGAUACCAUUCUUUUGAAUCAAGACAAAAAUUUCCGGCCUUUGAAUCCAGACCCAAAAAGUCCACUUCAGGUUGAAAUUGAUAUCAGCGUUCGAAGUAUGGGACCAAUAUCUGAACAUCAAAUGGAGUUUUCGUUGGAUUGCUAUUUUCGACAGAAGUGGCUGGAUCGACGUUUGGCGUUCAGUCCAUUCGGAUCGCGAGAAGAUUUACCGUUGGCCAGUAAGACUUUGAGGGAUAUUUGGACUCCAGAUACGCUCACCAUAAAGACAAAGUGCAAAAUGUUCUUUAAGAAAUUUCCAAUGGACGCUCAGGCUUGUCCAAUUGAAAUCGGAAGCCUUGGUUAUUAUUCGAAAGACGUGAUUUACGUAUGGAAAGACGUCGAGCUGGAUGCAAAAAUGAGCAAUAUGCUAUCACAAUAUCAGCUGCUCGAUGUCAUCAAAACUUCAUAUAAUAUUUCCGAUCCACGUUUCGCGAAUCUCAAUAUGUCAAUACUGAAAGUUUAUUUCAAACUGCAACGUCAGCAAGGAUUCUAUAUUCUGCAAAUAUACACACCGUGUACAUUGAUUGUGGUGAUGUCUUGGGUAAGCUUCUGGAUCAACAAAGAGGCAUCUCCAGCUCGUGUUGCCUUAGGUAUCAUGACAGUUUUAUCAAUGUCAACACUCGGUUUCGGUUCACGAUCUGAUCUCCCCAAAGUGUCGCAUUCAACCGCUUUGGAUAUCUAUAUGCUAUCGUGUUUUGGGUUCGUGUUCGCAGCACUUGUCGAGUAUGCGGUCAUUAAUUACGCGUAUAUUCUGUAUAUACAGAAAAAGAUCGAAAAAAUGCGACUGUUUUCUGCAUCACUGAUGGGUGCUGGUCGUGAGGCUGUGGAAGGAUCAGUAUCGCUGAAUGUUAAACCUAGGCCGUGGUAUAGACGAUUAUUUGGUCACAAACAAGAACGUCGUUCAGUAUUCUAUCGAAUGGCCGUUAAAGCGGCAAAGGCCAGGCAGAAGUUACGUAUGAAAGAUCCCGCAUAUGUGGUGAACCGUAUUGAUUCAGCGUCGAAAAUUGUCUUCCCGACUCUGUAUAUUCUCUUUAAUAUCAUAUAUUGGGUUGCAUUUUUAUACUAUAUACCCGAUGAAAUUAAUUCACUCAUUUGA